AUGUUAAGUAAUCCUUGUAGACAUGCUGUUACACCUACAACAGAUAAAACUCCACUUAGACAAUCACAGUCUAUCACCCCUGGCCCUUCAUUGAGCACAGCUAAAACAUCAAGAACAGUAAUCCUUGACACAAAUACUGUAGCCGCAGAACAACCUGAAACAUCAGGAAAUGUGCACACCUACUUUGAAAAAGGUAAAUGGAAAGCAAAUCCUGUAAACUCAAAUGUGCAGAACAACAACACAUCCAUCUCCAACUCAGAAUUGGCAGACAUCAUUCAACGUAAAAGGUGUAAUGGUGAAAUGCUCACAAGACAAGAGUUAUUUGCAAAACUCACAUCUGAUCGCAAUACUAUGGUUAAAAAAGUACAGCCCGCACAAACUUUGACUAUAAGCAGGAACCGUCGGUGA